AUGUCUUACAUGGGUGUUCUCUAUGAGAUCUGCCCUUACUGGAAGUUCGCAUACACAGCUGCAAAUGCUGCCAUCUUAGAAGUAGUGGCUGGGGAAAAGAGAGUCCACAUUAUAGAUUUCCAGAUUGCACAGGGAUCACAGUACAUGUCUCUCAUCCAGGAGCUUGCCAAACGCCCUGGUGGACCGCCGUUGUUACAUGUCACAGGCGUGGAUGAUUCACAGUCCAACUAUGCCCGUGGGGGAGGACUCAGCUUAGUAGGUGAGAAGCUCGCAAGCACUGCGCAGUCAUGUGGCGUCCCGUUUGAGUUUCACGAUGCAUUCAUGCAGCGGGAACACCUAGGGGUGGAGCCUGGCUUUGCAGUCGUUGUGAACUUCCCUUACGUGUUGCACCACAUGCCUGAUGAGAGUGUGAGUGUUGAGAAUCACAGAGACAGGCUGCUUCAUCUGAUCAAGAGCUUAUCACCGAAACUCGUGACGUUAGUGGAGCAAGAGUCCAACACAAACACCUCUCCUUUCCUGUCGCGGUUUGUAGAGACGCUUGAUUACUACACAGCGAUGUUUGGGUCGAUAGAUGCAGCUCAGCCACGGGAUGAUAAGCAGAGGAUCAGCGCGGAGCAACACUGCGUGGCGAGAGACAUAGUGAACAUGAUAGCAUGCGAGGAGGCGGAGAGAGUGGAGAGACACAAGGUGUUAGGGAAGUGGAGGGUCAGAAUGAUGAUGGCUGAGUUCAUGUGCUGGCCGGUCAGCUCAUCCGCAGCGUUUGCAGCGAGUGAGAUGCUUAGAGGUUAUGACAAGAACUAUAAACUAGGUGGGAAUGAAGGAGCACUCUAUCUUUUCUGGAAGAGGAGACCCAUGGCUACAUGUUCUGCUUGGAAGCCAAACCCAAACCAGAUUGCAUAG